AGCCUGCAGACACCCAGCAGAGCCGGGACGGGGCUGUCCGCAGCCUGUUGGGGACACCCGACCCACCGCCAUGGGCCGGGGCAGGCUCCCGGCUCUCCUGGGGCUGGCCUGCUCCCUGCUGCUGCUGCGGGGCUCGAGAGGCCUGGGCAGCCGAGGGACGACGCGGUGGCCGUGGGAAGAGGAGCAGGGCCCCAUGGCAGAGGGGGAACCGUGGAGCGGGGCAAGGUACGAAGCCGUCAAGAAGCAUUUGGGAGCUGUGGGUGCUCUCUCCAAGCAGUACUGGCAGUACCUGACAUGCAAAGUGUGGCAGGAGGGCUGUGAAGAGGAGGAGGAGGAAGAGUCCGGUCCCAGCCCAGGCUGGGGCCUGCCUCUGGUGGGACAGGGUUACCUGGAGAUCCUCUCUGCCUGGUACUGCAGCUUCAGCGAGUGCUGCCAGACGGGAGACUGCAGGGUAGUCAACAAUAUCACAGGGCUAGCAGCAGACCUCAGCGGGCAGCUCCAUGGGCAACACUUGGCCAAAGAAGUGGUCAUCCAGGCAGUGCAAGGGUUCGUGCAGACCCCACAGCCAGAGAAGGCUCUGGUCCUCUCCUUCCAUGGUUGGUCUGGCACAGGCAAGAACUUUGUGGCUCGGAUGGUGGCCAGUCACCUGUACCGGGAUGGGCUGAAGAGCGAGUGUGUCAGGCUGUUCAUCUCGCUCUUCCACUUCCCCCAUCACAUGUAUGUGGAUUCGUACAAGGCUCAGCUGAAGAAUCAGAUCAGUGAGACUGCGCAGAGCUGCAAGCAGCCCCUGUUCAUCUUCGAUGAGGCAGAGAAACUUCAUUUCAGCCUCCUGGAUGCCAUCAAGCCCUUCAUGGCUCACUAUGACAACAAGAGCAAGGUGGAUUACAGGAGAUCCAUCUUCCUGUUCCUCAGCAAUCUCGGCGGCAACACCAUCAAUGAGGUAGCCCUGGACUUCUGGCAAGCUGGCCGGGCACGGGAGGAGAUCUCCAAGGAGCUCCUGGAGCAGCGGCUGCGGAUGGAGCUGCAGGAGCCUACAGAGAAUGGUUAUGCCCACAGCCACCUCCUCAGAGAGAACCUCAUUGAUUUCUUCGUGCCAUUCCUGCCCCUGGAGUACCACCACGUGAAGCUCUGCGCACGGGAUGCUUUCCUGGCCAGGGGACUUCCAUACACAGAGACAGCACUCGAUGAGGUGGCCAGGAUGAUGGUGUUUGUGCCCAAAGAGGAGAAGCUUUUCUCUGCACAGGGCUGCAAAUCUGUAUCCCAGCGCAUCAAUUACUUCCUUCCUUGAACCCCAGGUGGGACUACACCAGUGGUGAAGGUGGUUCUGCACUCUAGAGCUGCUCUCUUGCACAAGGUCAGGCAGGCAGGUUACCCAGCCAUGCCCUCGCAUGGGGACACACGCUUAACUCCGUAACUCGGAGGGCUGUUUGCAGGGAAGGAGGCGCCUCCACCCAGCCUUGGGGCACCAAGACAGCCUGCACUUGGCUGCAUCUCAAGUCUGUCCAGUGUUUAAGUCCCUUCUUUUAGCAGGUUGUAGCCUGAAGUGAUGAUGUGGUUAUGUUGACAGAUGCUACGCUUUAUGGGAGUGGGGAUGUCCAAGUCCUUGGUUUGUUACUACGUGAUGAAGGCAGAUCUUGGAAAGACUGGUCCUGUUGGGACAGUGCAGCAGAAGCCAUGUCCUCACCCUGUCUCCAGUUUUCUCUGUCAGUUUACAAGAUUGAACAGAACUGUUCUGCUUGAGUAUUUUUCUCUGUUGCUCUCCUGCACUCAGAAGGUUUUUGCUGCUCAGGGACGUGCAUGCCAGGAUCACGGUUUGUUCAGGGAGGCCCCUGCAUUGAGAAAAUGACAAUAAUCUCCUCUGGAGAUGUCAAAUCUCUCCCUUUGGAGCGUCCCCCUCUCACUGGAGUCUUCUGUUGUAUGGAAGCAGCUGUGGGGAUGAGGUGACCUUCUGCUGAAAUCAUUUUUCUAAGCAAUUUGGUGAAGAGCCUUUUUGCCUCCCUGCAAAAUGAAAAAGGGGAGACUAAUUCCCUUUUCAAGGGCAAAGGGCCGUUGGUGAGGAUGGUGGCUGAAGGAAUGGGCUGCAGCUGAAUUUGGGUUUUGAGGGAUGCAGUAAGCUUGAGGGCCUUUCAGUAUGUUGCAUCUGUGUUUUUUUGGCUGAUAUCAGCAUUACUGCACUAAGGGCCUGUUUGCUGUCUGGGUACUUGCCAGGUGAUAAGUAUGUUGCAGCAGGACCAAAAAAUUUCAACAGUCUUAUGAGAAUCACUGUGACCUCUAGGUCCAAACUCCCUUCCAACAGAGCUGUGCUGGGUGAUGAGGUGAAAUGGCACACGCCAAGGACAGGGCUUAGCGCCCUGGACGCCCCGCAUGCAGACCUUUGCUCUAUUUUAAGCUUUGAACCUCCCUGUAGUGCCAGUGAUGAGCAGCACGACCUCUGGGAAAAGACUGACCAGACACACUAACACUAGUCCUGCAGACUCUGAGUUCGUAUGUCUCUCUGGGCACGCUGGCUGUUACCUAAUGAGGCUUCAUAGUCCAAAGCAGGAAGAUGAGCCAGCUGCUCAGCUGAUGCAAAGUUAGUUUAAACUUACCUGUUGUCUCUGGACUGGACCUUAGGGCCUGUGCCAGCAUGCACUGUUAUCAGGCAUUUCUGAGACCUGAUUUAUGGUCAAUCUCUUUCUUAAUCACAAGUUUCAAGCCUAAAGCUCCAGCGUGGAAACAUCAGAGGCAGAGGCAGGUGGGGAAGGGAGGUCACAGCCCCACAGAAGGACACAACUCAGUUUGUGUUUUAUAACGUCGGCCGAAAGUUGAGGAGGUUGUUAGCUGUAGUUAGUUGCUUAGAAGGCUGUAUAAGCCAGGGUCACCUAGGAUUAUAUUUUUUUUAAUUUAAUAGAAAAGAAUCUUCAGCUGCCCAGGUUAGGCUGGUGCUGCUUGGAGGGGAAGGAAAUCUCUCAGGCAGCUGUUUCACCAGUGCAGGGGUGGCAUGAAGCUGGCAUGUUGAGCAGUUCUUACUCCAUUACUGGUGGUAUUGCUAAUGGGGGCAACUCUCACACUUGACCACACAAGGCCCUGCACUCUGCCAGGUCACACAGGGAUGUUUCAGAGGUAAGCAAUUAUGUACCCAAUAGUGAGACCCACUCUCCUCUGAUCACUCCAUGGCAACACUAAGCUUGAUUUUACAGGCAUAAAUAAAGCUACUGCUUUUCUUUGCAA